GCAUCAUCGAAUGCAUCAUCUGUCUCCUCCUUGCUGGGUACGGAAACGGCACUGCAACAACUACAACCAUCACAACAACAACAAUCCUCAACACAACCAACCACACAUUCCACACCAACUCAUGCGGUUAUGUAUGAAGAUCCCCCGCCUGUUCCUAUAGUUCAACAACAACAACAGCAGCAACAACUACAUCUCCCGCAUCAACAGCAACAACAACAACAAACAAAUAGCCAACAACAGCAGCAACAACAACAGUCCCACAAUAACGUUGACACUACGCCCGUUGGUUGUCUUAGUCCCUCAGAAACACCAUCAGGUCCUCCGCCACAAUCUCAGCAGCAUUUAACAUCACCCCAUCAUCAGCAGCAGCAACAACAACAGUCAAAUACAGUACCCUCCACUGCUCCUUCAAGUAUUCAACAACAACAGCAGCAGCAGCAACAACAGCAGCAGCAACAACAACAACAGCAACAAAACACAGCAGUGGCGUCCGGCCAAACACAAAUUGUUACGCCGACAGCGGCGAGUGUUUCCCCAUCCAGUGUUAGUUCCCAACCUCCAGACAUGUCCCUCUCAUUAGCACCAUUGCAUAUACCCGCGAUAAGGCCAGGUUUUGAAGCCGAUGCAGCCAGUGCAGCCGUUAAACGGCAUCCUCAUCCGGCAUGGCCGUAUGAGAGUGAUGGUUUCAGUUCAGCCCAAUACCACCAUGCGUCGCAAUACUACUUAGAAAGAGAUCGUAAGCCUGUAUUCUAUGGUUAUCCAGAAACGCAAUUUCAGCCAUAUUGGAAUUACCGCGAACAACCCACAUCCGCUGCAGCUGCGGCCUAUAUGAGUGCUAGCGACGAUAGACAUGCAACGGUUACUGCUGCUGCAGCAGCCAGACAAUCGGUAGAGGGAACCUCACAGUCAAGCUAUGAAACGCCAACUUAUUCUUCGCCCAGUGGUUUACGAGCGUAUCCAAGUGAAGCAUAUUCAAGUACAGGUGGAUCUGGUGGUUUAUCUGUCGGUGCAGUUGGACCCUGUACACCCACCAAUGCUUUGCAUGAAUGGACCGGUCAGGUUUCAGUACGAAAAAAGCGUAAACCCUAUUCAAAAUUCCAAACCUUAGAGCUAGAGAAGGAAUUCUUAUACAAUGCCUACGUGUCCAAACAGAAACGAUGGGAAUUGGCUAGAAAUUUAAACUUAACCGAAAGACAAGUGAAAAUUUGGUUCCAAAAUCGUCGCAUGAAAAACAAGAAGAACUCACAACGUCAGGCCAAUCAGCAAAACAACAACAAUAGUUCAAAUAGUAAUCACAAUCACAGCCAGGCAGCACAACAACAUCACAAUAAUCAUCAUUUGGGUUUGGGUUUGAGCAUGGGUCAUCAUGCCACCAAAAUGCAUCAGUGACCUUUAGAUAACAGCAGUGCUGGCACCAUGGGAUUUCCAACUUACUAACAUUUAGCCAAUAUUAAAACGGAAACGUUUACCGAAUAUUAGUACACCACACACAACAAUCCAAAAACACAUAGAUAGAUACACUCUGCCACACCCCCCUCCCCAAAAUAGUUACAGUUACAUCCAGUUUGCUGAAAAAAAAUAUGAAUUGAAAAAAAUCUGAUAAAAUCCAAACAUCAAUUAGUACCAAAUUGUAGUAAUUACAAUGUCAGACACUGUUGUUGUUCACUCUUUCAAACAACUGCAACAAAUCAUUCAUUCGUUCAUUCACAGAUACAAACAUCAAACAAAAACAAAAAACAUGCAUUCACUCAUAUAAGUAUGUAUAAAUUUUAGAAAUGUAUGUUUUAAAUGUUUGGCAUACAGAAACAUUUAUAUACAUUUGUGUAUAUGUAUAACUAAAAAUAUUUAAUGAUUUUAUACAAAUAAAUAAAACUAAGUAGAAAUUUAAAUAUUCAUAUACCUACACUCUCCUCACCACACCACACAACACCACAUCACACAUUCAAUCAUUCAUACAUAAAUAGAUUUAAACAAGAUUUUUUGCAUUGUAUCUCAUAAAUAUAUACUACAAACAACAAAUAACAACAAUUUUUAUGCAAAAUUAAAACACACACACUCGGACACUCAGACUCAACUCAUUUUGAAACAUUUUUAAACAUAAAUAUUUAACCCAAAUACAAAUACUAAAU